AUGACACCGAUGAUGGUCACCGAUGCUGAGUUAGCGGACUUCACGUUCAACAUAAAAUACAGACCAGGACGUUCAAACGGAGAUGCGGAUGCACUCUCGCGAAUGCCGCUGGAUUUUACGACUUAUAUGAAAGGAUGUACUGAGGAUCUGACCCUAGACCAGGUCCAGGCAAGCAUUGAUGGGAUUGGGGCGCAAUGUCACGGUGACACUGUUUGGAUCUCUGCACUUACGCAAGACGAAGAUCUCUUGGAGACUGACAGUGAAUUUCUCGCAGAAGACCAACCUGCCAUCGCGAAAGCUACAAUCCUUCAGGCCCAGAAGCAAGACCAAACAAUUGGCAGAGUACUAGUUUUCAAGUUGGAGGGACGACGUCGGUCACAUGAAGAUUGCAAACGAGAACUACCUGGUAGAAAAGCAUUGCUACGACAAUGGCACAAGCUAAAAAUUGGAAAAGACGGUUUACUGCGACGAGAAAGUGGACCCUAUAAACAAUUAGUAUUGCCAGGAAAGUUCCAUCGAACAAUUUUCAAGGAACUUCAUCAAGAGAUGGGGCACUUGGGAGCAAAAAGGGUGGUGCAGCUAGCCAGGGAGCGGUUCUACUGGCCUAACAUAGAAAAGGACAUCACCCAUUUCGUGACAAAUGUUUGCGGAUGUUUAAAACAACGGAAACCUACUUUGCAAGCCCGUGCAUCGCUCUGCAAUAUAGAAACCUCGUCACCAUUCGAACUUGUCUCGAUUGACUAUAUGCACCAAGAGAAAAGCUCCGGUGGCUAUGAAUAUAUACUGGUCAUCGUAGACUAUUUUACCCGUUUUUCCCAAGCAUACGAGACCAAGAACAAGUCGAGUACAACGGCCGCUGAAAAACUGUACAAUGACUUUGUACUCCGUUUUGACUUCCCAGCAAAAAUUUUGCAUGAUUAAGGCAGAGAAUUCGAAAAUAAACUGUUCCAUCAGCUAGAGAAACUAAGUGGAGUUCAACGAAUCAGAACUACUCCCUACCAUCCUCAAACGAAUGGGAAAGCUGAACGGUUCAACAGAACAUUGUUGUCCAUGUUGCGAACCUUACCCGAAGAUAGAAAGAGCAAAUGGAAGGACUCAGUAAACAAAGUGGUACAUGCAUAUAAUUGCACUGUUAACGACGCCACCGGGUAUUCACCGUUCUUGUUACUGUUUGGUCGACCACCCAGACUACCCGUGGACCUUAUGUUUGGAACAUCACCCACUACAUCGAAAGGAAACCACACUGAGUAUGUGAAAAGAUGGAAGGGUGCCAUGAAAGAUGCCUACGCGAAAGCCAUAAGCAACGCCAGUAAAGCUGCAUCUGCAGGAAAGUCGAACUACGACCGUAAAGUCCGUUUGACAGUAUUGGAGCCAGGUGAUCGUGUACUGGUCCGCAACCUUACUGAGCGUGGGGUCCCGGAAAGCUGAGAUCGUACUGGGAGAACCAAAUAUACCAAGUAGUGGAACAAAAAGGCGAGCUACCUAUAUUUGUUGUCAAACCAGAACACCUCCUUCGUGCCAAAGGACGGUCCCGAGUAUACUUCACAGAAACCUUCUACUCCCUUGUGACUUUUUACCACCAGAUGCCCCUGGAGACGUCCAACAGCAACAGAGAAAGAGAAAUCACGAACGACAGGCCAACACUCGUAUAUCUGACUAUGACGAUAGCGAAAGCGAUGACGAGGGUGAAUAUUAG